AUGGGGAACUCAUAUUCUGGAUAUGGACUUCUGCUUAGCUCUGUGCCUCUUCUCGUCCAUGGGACGGAAUGUUUCUUCCCAUUGCAUGCUCGAUUUGUAGCAAACAUUCUACCAAUUUUUAGCUUUCAAAAAAUUGAAGGCGAGUAUCUUACCCUGGAUGACACAGUGAAUAUGUUACAGAAAGCAAUUGAUGCGGCCCCUUCUGAGAAAUGGCGGGCCGCAGCCGACUUUAUCUUCGUCCGGACCUUUGAACAGCGACAAGGUUCGGUUGGUUUUGUUGCGUGUGCUGCAGCAGCGUUCUAUGCUUCCACCCUACCAGUUUCCCAGCGCCACCCUCUCCACAUGUUAUUCAUGGUUCAAGCAGCGUUUAUGGCCUUAGCAAAUCUGCACCAUGCUACUGGGUUCCCAUUCUUGGGAUAUAAUCCCUUUAUUACCGCUGCUGGUAAAGGGCUUGGAAUUGCGUUUGUCCCAUUUUGGAUCAUGGCAUUCUACUGCAACUAUAUGGGCUUUCAGGAUUCGAAAAGUUCUCUGGCCAAGUUGGACUAG